ACCAAUAAAUAAGAAAAAUAAUAUUUGUCUCUUCAUUCCAAAUUAUUCUUGUAAAAUGUAUAUAUUUUAAUAAUGUCGGGUGCUACAGUAUUUAUCAGAUCAUUAAAGCCACGUGUACUCCAUGCGUUAAAAAUUCGAAACUUUUGUUCAGGUGAAUCCGCUCCGGGAGGCGGCGAAGGAGGAGGAGAAAAGAAAGGACUAAUUUUAGGCGCGUAUGAAGUAGACAAUGAUGUGGUAUUGACAAAAUCAGCACAAAAAUAUAAUGACCACCUAGGAGGAAAAUUAAUGGAACUCAUCAAAAAAGCCGGAAGAACCGUGAAAAGAGGUAGCGCUAAAGUCUUCAACAAUGUCGACAAGGAUAUUUGGGCGGUGGCCGUAGUGGGCCUGGGGCCCGAGAAGGCCGGCUACAACGAGAUGGAGGCAAUCGACGAGGGGAUGGAGAACGUCCGCAAGGCGGCGGGAGCCGGGACGCAACAGCUGCGCCACCAAGGCGUUGACAGAAUUCUAGUGGAGGGUCUAGGGUUCCCUGAACAGGCGGCUGAAGGCAGCGCCCUAGCCCUCUGGAGAUACCAAGAGAACAAAAUGCGCGAGCACCAGAAGAAGACCCCCACUCUCGAGCUGUACGACGACCAGGACGGCGAGGGCUUCCAGCGCGGCCUCUUCAAGGCCGAGUCCCAGAACCUCGCCCGCCGCCUCUCCGACACCCCCGCCAACCAGAUGACGCCGCUCCACUUCGCCCAGGAGACCGUCAACGAGCUGUGCCCCUGCGGCAUCAAGGUGCAGGUGCACGACAAGGACUGGAUCGAGCAGAAGAAGUUCAGCGCGUUUCUGACGGUGGCGCGCGGCUCCUGCGAGCCGCCCGUGGUCCUCGAGAUCUCCUACUGCGGCGGCCCCAACGACCAGAAGCCGAUCCUUUUCUGCGGCAAGGGCAUCACCUUCGACAGCGGCGGCCUGUGUCUGAAGAAGUGCAAGCACAUGGACGUGUACAAGGCGGACAUGUGCGGCGCCGCCGCCAUCAUCUCGGCCAUCCGGGCGGCGUCCGCCCUCAGUCUCCCGUUGAACAUCGAGGCCGUCAUCCCGUUGUGCGAGAACAUGCCGAGCGGGAUGGCGAUGAAGUGCGGGGACGUGGUCAUGGGCAUGAACGGGAAGUCGAUCAUGAUCACGGACACGGACAACGAGGGGCGGCUGGCGCUGGCGGACGCGAUGGUCUACGGACAGAACAUGUACAAGCCGAGGCUGGUGAUCGACGUGGCGAGCUUGACGCCGGGGGUGCGCUCGGCGCUGGGGUCGGCGGCGAGCGGCGUCUUCAGCAACAGCCAGACCAUGUGGUCGCAGGUGAGGAAGGCGGGGGUGAUCACGGGCGACAGGGUGUGGCGUCUGCCCUUGUGGAAAUUCUACUCGAAGAAGGUGACUCGGUUCAAAUCGCACGACGUGAACAACAAGGGCAUCGGGCAGGGUUCGUCUUGUUUGGCGGCGGCGUUCCUCAACGAAUUCAUUACCUGCGUCGACUGGAUUCAUUUCGAUAUCACGGGUGUGGGGUUCAGGAGUAACCAUAAGGUUGUUCCUUAUUUGACGAAAGGGAGGAUGACGGGACGACCAACUAGGACACUGAUUCAGCUUCUCUACCAGCUGUCUUGUCCCUCGGAAGGCCAAAGAGAACUAUGAAUUUUUUCGUAAUCCUUUUUUGCUAUAUGGGAUUUAAUCCACAUUACCUUUAAAUUUUACUUGUAAUAAAUACUUAGGGGAAUGUUAUGACUUGAAUCGCAAUCUGGUCAAUUGCUCAAUCGGUUUUUGGCUUUUAUCAUAAAUCUUGAUGGAUUUUUUCUUACUCAAAAAAAGUAAAAAUAACAACAUUCCGAAGAUUUCCUAAGUGGACUAUUACAUUUUUGUUGCAAGUUUUGCUUUAUUUUGGAAAUUUGUCGUAUACCAAUUUAUUGUUUAUUUUAUACAACCACUGUCCUGCGCUUACAUUAUUGUAUCAAUAAAGUAUGAAUGAUCGACAUUGA